AUGGAUGCACAUGCGCUGCUCUCCUCCCAAGGCUGGCGAGGAACCGGACACUCCCUACAUAAAACCGACGACUCAAUUGGACUUGCGAAACCUCUACUGCUGAAUCGCAAAGACAAUACUCGAGGACUGGGCCAGAAGCAACAUUUCACUAGCGACCAAUGGUGGAUGAACGCGUUUGAUGAGCAACUCAAGGGUAUCGAUACGUCCAAAGAGGGGAAAGUGGUUCAGACUGUCACCACUGGCAAGCUGAACGCCCUGGAAAAGAACCUCGGCAAAUACUCCGUAUACACGACCUUCGUACGAGGCGGAUUCCUCGAAGGAACAAUAGAUAAGCUCACGAUCAACGACUCGAGCAUGGAGUCAUCCGAAACCGAAUCCAGUGACCAGCAAGAAGGCGACAAGUUUGAUGAGGACAAGCCUCGGAAAGAGACCAAGGAGGAGGAGAAAGCCCGAAAAGAAGCAAAGAGGAAGCGGAAGGAAGCGCGGGCCGCGAGAAGGGCCGAGAAAGCAGCACGCCGAGAGCUCAAGUCCAAGUCGAAAAAGUCUUCCAAACCCUCCAAGUCCUCAGCAGAAUCAAGUGACGCAGACGAGGAGAAAAAACGGCGGCGCGCAAAGAAAGAAGAGAAAAGGAGGCAAAGAGCCAAAGAGACUGGGAAAUAG